AUGACGUUAAUCGAACUCAGCGCUCAAAUCUUUCCAGUUAUAUUAAUCUUGUACAAACUCUACAAAGUGUCUGAUGUUAUGAUGUCAUACACAACGAAGACAAAGAAAUGGUGGCAUUUGGAAAAUAAGGCUGAGUAUGAGCGGCGCUCCCCCAUUAAAUCGGUAAGGAAAGGCGCAAUUGACUUCCCAGGAAAGCUGUGUCUAAUAGCCCUCCACUCCUCCCAAAUAGCUUGCAAGUGCUUGUGCUAUGCAAUGGUGACUGCAACCAGCCUUCCUUGGGUGAUCUAUCUGCUGGUGGGGUUGAGGUGGACUGCCAACUUCUGCAUCUACUAUUUCAGCCUGAACUUCAGAAGAUUCGGAUCUCCGGGCGUGGAAAUUAGUCGGACGCUGACGGCGAUAGUGGUUGGUGGAAUCGAACUCUUCACACAUUUCACGACCACGGAGGGAAAACAACUGUACUACACCCUUCUCUUCCACGCCUUGGAUGGUGUCGAGGUCCUCACUGCCUUUUUUCUGUCGAAUUUUGCACCCUCUCUUCCAGCUUCUGUUAUUGACACUCUAACAACCACUGCCACUUCAGCAGAAAUACCCUCAGUAGCAGGAACUUCAGUAGCGCCAACCACAGCAUUUUCAACCACAACGUCGCCUGUUCACGUUGUAAUAACUGAUAAUCUUACUGACCCCAAGUACGUCCUCCUUGCUCUGUGGUUCCUCGCGAUGAUGAUUCGUGCCUUUUACUAUGUCAUUCUUCACCCGAGUCUACCUUCGCUCUCCGCCUACAUCCCCUGCUGUUCGAAGAAGGCAAUAAUGAGAGAGAGAGUGCCAACAGAAGAGAGAGGACAGGCAGAAGAGGAAAUUGAAUUGAGGGAGAGGGUUUAAUGUUUAGUGAACAAGGGUUGUUGUUCUUGUUGUUGGCUUUUCUGUCUCCGUUUCUCGAAUUCUCUUUCUCUCUCUCUCUCUCUCUCUCCUCACUAUCUUUCUCUUUUCCCCUCAUCUCUCUCUCUCUCUGUCUUUCUUUCUUUCUCUCUCUCUGUCUUUCUUUCUCUCUCUCUCUCUGUCUUUCUUUCUUUCUCUCUCUGUCUUUCUUUCUCUCUCUCUCUGUCUUUCUUUCUCUCUCUCUCUAUCUCUCUUUAUCUCUCUCUCUCUCUCUCUUUCUUUAUCUCUCUCUCUCUCUCUCUCUCUCUCUCUCUCUCUCUCUCUCUCUCUCUUUCUUUAUCUCUCUCUCUCUUGGUCUGUGGGAUGUUUAGGAAGUGGUCAAGGUAAUUUGGUGGAAAUAUAUUAGCCUGUAUAUCUAUGUCAUAUCUUAAUUAUCCUGAUUGGGUAUAUAUCUGAUGUCAAUCUUUUAUAUAGAUAUUCCUGGCACUGUGUCAUCAAUCUUUAUGUGACUUUGAUGACGUCUGAUUUUAUGAAUAUCUUGUCUAGUAUCUUAUUGUCGAUAUUUCAUACAUAUUCACACAUAAUUAUAUAUACACACAUAAUAUGGACCAUUGAGAUUAUAAAGAGUGCGCGCGGACGAUGUGCGUGAGCAUGAUUGCGCACACACAUUCACAUGCACGCAAUAUGUGUGCGGAUUUGCACGAAUUUGCACAUAUUGGGUGAGUCAAACCUAGAUUUGGUAGUGGGUGAAUCUAUCGUAAAUAUAAUGGCGGGUUUAGAAUCAGCAACAAUAAUUACAAUGAACUACUCCUCUGGAUCAGCCACCCCAGUAUAAAGACCUAGUCAAUUGCAUGAUGUCAACUUGGCGCCAGGGAGUUCGUCAAACCCCGUAUCGGUGAUGGCACGAAUAUGAUGACCGUUAUUUUAUCUUGUCCAUUAUGUUACGUAUAUAUAUUUUAUCAAUACCUUCUGUGGAGAUUAUUUUCACGGUGUUGCAUAUUGCAGAAGGUGUAUGGAUGUAGAAGUCAUCACAUAUCCAGAUAUUGAUAUAUUGAUGUAUAUUGUACACUUUAUAGUUACUUGAAUACACGAAUAUGUAUAAUCCUAAACCAGUAGCCUUAAGUUUUGAUUUUUGUACGCCAAAUAAAAGCAUAUUCACGUGUGCA